AUGUCUGUCCUCGACGCCCUCAAGGGAGUCCUCAAGAUCUCCUUGAUCCACGACGGACUCGCCCGCGGUCUCCGCGAGGCCAGCAAGGCCCUCGAUCGUCGCCAGGCUCACAUGUGCGUGCUCAACGAGGCGUGCGAGGAGGAGGCAUACAAGAAGUUGGUUGUCGCUCUGUGCGGCGAGCACAAGAUUCCUCUCAUCAAGGUUCCGGAUGGCAAGCAGCUCGGCGAGUGGGCGGGUCUCUGCCAAAUCGACCGUGAGGGCAACGCACGCAAGGUCGUCAACUGCUCGUGUGUCGUCGUCAAGGACUGGGGUGAGGAGUCGCAGGAGCGCUCCAUUCUCCUCAACUACUUCGAGACUGAGCAGUAG